AUAGGCUGGUUUUGCUUCCAAUAAGGAAUACCCCAAGUCCCGAGCAUUCUGUAUAACAGGUCCCAUACCUGUGGGGGCAUCAGUUUGCAUUGGGGGCAAGAUACAUGGGACUUUGCAUCUGGUGCAUCUUGCACUUCAUUGUAAAUAAACACUAUAAUCUGAGGUGGGCUAUAUUUUCCCAAAAAUAGGGAGCCCCCCCAAAAGAUAUAAUGGAUAUAACACGUUGAUCAGCUUGAAGGGGGCUAUUUUCCCUCUGAGUAACGUUCCUAUGCCCCCUGUACAGCAGGAUACUAGGAAGUUGCACCUGCAGAAUAAUUAAUCGACAGGCAGUUCUGGGUGUGGGAAUUGAGCUCAGAACCCAGAGGAACCAGGGAACAGUUCUAGGGAUUGAGAUGCUGAGACGGUCACCCUUUGUUUGUGCUGGAAUCAUUUAUAUUUAUUAAUACAUCUGCCAGAAUAGGAAGCCAGCAAAAGAUAUAUUGGAUGUAACAGGUUGAACAGCUUGAGAAUUACCUGCAAAAUACGAUCACCUUCCCUUAUCCGUCCGUCUCUGGCUGCAAUGCUGUUCGGGUUCACCUGUCAGACAGAACAUUAAAUUAAUAAAGCUUCAGGAAGAGGUUCUAGCUCAAUAUCCACUGAAAAGGAUCUGUGGUUUGACUUUCCAUAUUUAUACAGCAAUUCAACAUGGAAACAUGAAACACACUAGCAGUAAAGAAGAUAAAAAAUAUGUCUGGGACACAGUCACCCUUUGAAACACCCAAUAUAACAGAACCAGGGGACGAUAAACGGGACCCUAUUGUAGCACAAUGGAACAUUGCAAUGCUGGCAGUGAUAUUUAGCUUUGCCACAUUUGGAAAUUGCCUCGUACUGUUCACCUUACUGAGGCGACGGAAGCACAAUGCCCUCAUGCACACCUUCAUGAUCCAUUUGUGCCUUGCGGAUUUGGUAGUCUCUUUCUUUCAGGUCCUUCCACAACUUGUCUGGGACAUCACUGAUCGUUUUCGGGGACCAGAUGUGCUCUGUAGAGCAGUUCGGUACUUUCAAGUUCUAGGCAUGUAUGCUUCAUCAUACAUGAUCGUUGCCAUGACAUUUGACAGACACCAGGCGAUCUGUCGGCCAAUGAUGACUUUCAAGAAAGGGUCGGCGCGAUGGAAUAUUCCAGUGUCCUUGGCAUGGUUGGCCUCUGCCUUCUUCAGUCUUCCACAGGGCUUCAUUUUUUCAAAGAAAGAGGUCCACCCAGGUGUAUUUGACUGCUGGGCUACAUUUAUAGAACCAUGGGGACUUCAAGCUUAUGUUACAUGGAUUACUUUGGCGGUCUUCAUUCUGCCAGCUUUGUUUAUUGCUACAUGUCAAGUUCUGAUCUUUAGAGAGAUUCACCAUAGUGUCAAUAUGGGCCCAGAACAUUCCCCUGGACCAAGGAGAAAAGCAAAGCUGAUAGGUGGGAGAAAUGGUACUCGUUCAGUAUCAGAUUCUGGGGUGACCAGUGCCAUGGCAAAGACUGUUCGCAUGACCCUUGUCAUCGUGCUGGUAUACGUUAUUUGCUGGGCCCCGUUCUUUAUUGCUCAACUCUGGAAUGUCUGGAAUAAAGAAUCAGCAGCUGGGAGUUCUGCUAUCAAAGUCUUGAUGAUCCUUGCCAGUCUGAAUAGCUGCACCAACCCAUGGAUCUACACUAUCUUCAGCAGCAGCGUGUCCAAGGACGUGAAAGAGAUUCUGUGCUGUGGCUGUCGGACACACCAACGCAAGAACUCUUUGCCAGAGGAAUCCUGUUUUACAGGCUCUUCCACCAUGCCCAAGGAGUGAAUGUACUGAUUAAGCUGUGAAUAAAACCUCAAUAUGAAUCUGCUGUGAAGCCUACUGAAAAUUCCACAAUGUGAUGGGUGGAGAAUCCUUUACUGCAUAAGACGUUUGAUGAAAACGUGUAAUUAUAUAACUUAUAUCAAAGAGCAACCCCUACUUAUUUCCGGAUUUGGUGCCAUUACACUUUAGGACUUUCACGUAGUUUCUUAAGUCAUGGAGAUGUUUCCUGGGUUAUGGAUGAGAUGCAAGAAAAUAUAUAAUGGUACACUGUUUACUAGACAGGACUUUGUAGUACAUACCUUUGAACACCAUCUCUAAGGAAGGAUGCUUACAGACCUAGGUCAUGUGGACUUUUCCACCAGAAUGACCUCCAGGUGAUAAAUGGACUCCAAGUCACUCCAAGUCAUUAUCUUAGCAACUUCAAAUUCAUGUUUCCUAGAAUGCACCAGGGGCUUAAGAAAAGGUGCAAGGAAUUUCGACAUGCCAUCAAUAAUGGAGGAACUGCAACUGCUCUGAUCUCAGGAAUUACCCUCCUCUCCCUCACAUAUAAUAUAUGCUUUCCCUAAGGCAGUGAUUCCCACCCAGUGGCUUGGGAGCAAUGUGUUGCUCAACAAUUGAAUAUUGCUCCCAGUGGCCUCAAAGCAGGUGCUUGUUUUUAAAUUACUGGUGUAAGACAAGCUUUAGUUGCAUAAAAAAAAGUUUACUGCCAAACAGUCCACAUAGGGGUACCAAAAGCCAAUCAUAGUUCAUAUCUGGCAGCCCCAGUGACUUUCUGCAAGCUUGUGCUGCUCUACAACUAUUUCUACAUUUAAAUGUGUCUCAGGGGUAAAAAAGUUUGGGGACCCCCACCCUGGGGAUAUCUGUUCAUUUUGGGGCUCUCCAGAAGACAAUGUGACAAGUUUGUUUGGCAGGGCCUAGCCUCAUACACACCACCACUCCUAUGAGCGCUUUGCUUCUCAACCAGACAUUUAAUAUGUAUAAAGUAAAAAUUAUGUUAAGAUUGUAUACAUAUAUAUAUAUAUACAAGAGAUAGAAAAGAGAUGUGAUGAUAUCUAAAGAUAUAUAUAUGCAUUUGGUGAAGGAUCAUUUUCUUGAUUCAUCUGCCCUACAGUUGAAGAGUUAAGAGAAAUCAUAGAGAGAUAUUUUUUUUACUAAUUUUAUCACUUAUUUUACAUGUGAUAUUCAAUCAUUAACGUGUUAGCAAAAGGCAUAUUCAUAUCUUGUUAUGGUUUACAAAGUGAAGAAAGAAAGAGUGGCCAGAGCCCCCCCCCCUUGUAGCUGAGAGUAAAAAGCAAAAGUGCAGGCUUUUGCUUACAUAGUGCAUCUAGUGUGAAUAUGCGGGUUCUAGGGAUAUACUAAAGAAUUAACCCAGAAAGCUAGUAUGUACAGGGCCGGACUUCCUUGGCGGGCGCCCCUAGGCCCGGGCGCACAAGCUAGCAUCCCCAGUGCUCCCCAGAAAGCGGCUGGCUUUGCUUUUUUCCUUCUUAUAUAUAAUGGCUGCCCCAUAAAGACGUUCAUAGAGGCGGUCGUGCGAGGCGCGGCUUUUGCGCAUGCGCAAGCCGGUGCAGAGAAUUUUAAGGUUGGUAGUUGCCCCUGCGGACUGCAAGGAGGGCUCUUCUUUUGCAGCCCUGGUUGGCCCCCAAGGCUCCGGUCCAACCCUGUGAACAAAGUGCAAUGAAGUGCACAGUAUUGGACUGGCACCAGGAUUCGAGGAAAAUUCUCUGGUUGGCCCAGUUGUCUGUGGGCCCUCCUGCUCCUAUGCAUUUGGCCUAUUUCAUGAGGGUUCUCUAGGGUCAACAGGCACACACAGAGUAUGAUUGAUUUGAUGAGGAGCGUAAUGAAUGAAGUCAGUAAGUGCAAUAUUUUUUUCCAUCAUAAAUGACCCACAUUUUCAUCCAUGGCGCACAGUACAGAGCUCAGUUACAAGCUCAAUUGCAGUGUGUGUGAAGUGCACACAUUUGGGGCAUCUUUCCACAAUCAAGAGGUGGCAAGGCACUCAGCACUCGGAUUUAGUGAAGCAGAACCCCAAGCCCGAAAUAGUCCCAGUGCCAGCUUCUUCUUGCACGUCACCUCCCAGGCCUCCGCACGGUCCUAGUGCCAAUGGGGAGCUUAGAGUCCCCAGUGCUCCUUAGGCAUGCCACCCCUAAAAUUUUGCCACCUUUGGAGCCUGGCCACAAGUGCGGGCCUGAAGGCACCCAUCACAAUAGCGGUCAAUGUGAUAAAACACUGCAAUUACACUGAACAUCUUAGGUGUUUGAAGGUCAUCAUUUCCAGCACCUAAUUCUUUAGGAGCAAGAUCACUGCAUCAAUUGACCCAGGCCGUUGUUGGCACCCUGGAGCUGUAUUCUAGGUGACGGUAGCUCCAGGUUUUCAAUUGUGUCAAAAGAUGCACCAAGCACAACUAUAUGAGGGUAUGGAGCACCUUUAGAUUCAUGUACCUUUAGAGAAUGGCAUAUAUUCUCUAGUGUCUAAGGACUAGGAUAAUAUGCACUUCUUAAAUGACCCCCUUUAUAUAUUUUCUUAAUAGGUUAAAUGUGCCAAAAACCAGUACGCAGAGGAGUAACCCUAUUGAAACAGAACAGUGGGGUUAUACAAAAGAACUGAGCGUUCCCACACAUCGAAGAACAAUGACAAUUAAAGCACAAAAAUCACUUGUAACUUUCACCAAGACACUUUUAAUCGGAGUAUAGAACUUUGUAUAUAUACUGUCUUUUAUUUAAAAGAAGGAAGCCAAACUUCCCUAGUGCAGUUCCUUCUCAAAACUGCUGAAAUAGAAGCUGCUCCUGUCCUCCUAUUGUAAAAAAAAAACUAUAAGCCAAUUCAUAUUUUUGAAUGUUACCAUCUCAGAAUAAAUUUUACUUCUGCUUUAACAUAAACAGAUUAAGGGCAUAUUUACUAACAUUGGAGAUAAUUUUGGAGACGUUGCCCAUAGCAACCAAUCAGAUCUUUUCUUUUGUUUCUAACUUAUAUGGGGAUGUUUAAAUCUAAUUGCUGAUUGGUUGCCUUGGGCAGCAUCUCCAGAAAUCUCUCCAGAUAUUUAUCUCCAAGGUUAGUAAACAUGCCCCCAAGACACUAGACUCUCAGUGCUUUUAACUGAAUGUAAUGUUAUUUGAAGGUACUGAUUGGACAGAGUUAGGGAGGGUUUCCUCUAGUUACUUCAUAAAAGCAUACCUCCCGACUGUCCCGUUUUUAAAAGUUCAGCCUGCAGUCCCAGGUUUCUUACUUAUAGGAUAAGUAAACCUUUAAAAUAAGUAAAUGUAAAAUCGAUGAGGGUGCUAGUCUAAUCCCUUUUGUAAUUUACAUGAAUUAUUUAUUUUCUUUUUAUUCCAAGAUAUUAAAAGUUACAUGUACUAUUAAUAUGAAUGAAUUUAGUUACAACAGCAUCACCUACUGGUAAGUUUCUGAGCAGUCUGAUGACCAAAUAGUCAAGGAAGGGGGUCAGGAAAAAGAGGCUGCUCUUAUGUUCUUCUGGUUAGGAAAGAUUUGAGAAAGGUUUCUAAUUGUUUUCCUAAGCAGAAGAACAUCAGAGCAGCAUCUUUCUUUCUCCAGGCAACUUCCUUGGUGGUCAGACUGGUCAGAAACUGACCAGUAGGUGGCGCUGUUGGAACAAAAUGAAGUUCUUAUUAACAGCACAUAUAUCCCUUAAAAUCUUGGAAUAAAAAGAAAAGAAAUAAUUAAUGUAAAUUACAAAGGUGCUUAGAAUAGCAUCAUCAUUAAUUUUACAUUCACUUGUUUUAAAGGUUUAUUUAUCCUUUAAAGAGCACCAAUCAUAACUAAAAUCAUUUCCUAAGUAAAUACAAUAUGUGAAAGUUCAAGUAAUCCGAUUUGUAAAACAGUUAGAAUUGUUUGUAUAAUGUAAAUCAACAGCUCAUUAUACCUUCUGCAAGAUCUCCCCUAUCUCCACUGCAGUUCUAGCUGAGGCAGGCAUCU